UCCUGAUGUUCUUCCCUCUCCAGGCCUGAACUGUGGUGGCGGCAGCACUUCCUGUGCCCUCGCACCUCCUAUGCUUAGUGCCUUGUGCCUGCAUUGUGCACCACACCCUAUUCGACCAUCUUUGACCCAGUUCUGGGAUGAGCUGGAGCCCCUGUUCAUACUGAGGCCCAGCCCUUCGCCUACUUGCCCUGAGCAGGCCCACCCUUAGGAGUGGGUGAUGGAAGGGCCCCUGGAGGAUGGAGACAAGUCCCUGGACUCCCGGGGCCAUGCCACGGACUGGAGGUUCGCUGUGUGCAGUUUCAGGCAUGCCUGGGAGGAGGAGGAACCUACUCCCCAGAUGCAGGUCAAGGACCCCAAGCCUCUGAGACCACCAGCAGGGGCAGCCCAGGGUGAUGGGAUACAGAGCAGCCCCUUGUCCAGGGAGCUUCAAUUACCCCCAGUACAGAUGGCUUCAGAUGGGUCCGGGGAUGCCCAGAAGAUCACAUUAGAAGGCUCCUCAGUCCUGUCUGAGGAGUUGGCCCUCACUGGAGUGGAGAGCCUCCUAUGUUCUAUGUCCUCCCACCUCAGCCUGGCUCAGGGUGAGAAUGACAACCCAGGGACAGGCUUGGUAGGGGACCCAGAUCCAAACAGGGUAAUUCCAGCCAGCUUGGGCCGUGGAGGGUUGGACAGUGACCCUGCUGACCUUGAAGACAUUUUAUCAGAAACAUCAUCAGCACUGCUGGAGCCAGACCCCAGCAGAUCCAGCCUCCCUAAGCCUGCUGACUGCCUCCUGGCCCAGGACCUCACCUGGGAGCUGCUGGCCAGUGGUAUGGCUGCCUUGCCAGGGACUCGGGAUAUAAAAGGCCGAGCAGUGCUGCUUCUAUGUGUUCACAGCCCAGCCUGGCUUCACCCCAAGUGCAGCAGCCAUGAACUCAUCCGCCUCCUGCUUUACCUGCGAAGCAUCCCCAGGCCCGAAGUACAGGCCCUGGGACUGACAGUGCUAGUUGAUGCCCGAAUUUGUUCCCCAAGCUCAUCCCUCUUCUUGGGGCUCAGCCAACUACAAGAAGCAGAUCCAGGGUCCGUGCACCAGGUGCUGCUAGUAGGAAAAAUGCCAGAGGACAUGCCUUCUGGGCUGCAGCUGGAGCAGCUGCCCUCCUAUCAGAGCCUGCUGACUCACAUCCCAACUGCGGGGUUGCCCACUUCACUGGGAGGAUGUCUGCCUUACUGCCACCGCACCUGGCUGGGUUUCCGGAUGCGUCUGGAGGCUCUACUGCAGAGCUGCCAAGAGGUUUGUGCCCUGCUCCAGGGGGCCAUAGAGAGUAUGAAGGCUGUGCCCCAACCCACAGAGUCUGGGGAAGUUGGUCAACUGCUACAGCAGGCACGGGUCUUGAUGCAGCAGGUGCUAGACUCAUCACGGCUGGCAUGGCUACAAUGCCAGGGGGGCACGGAGCUAGAGCGGCUAAAGCAGGAGGUUCCAGAAGUGACCCUGAGUCCAGACUACAGGCCGUCAGUGGACAAGGCUGGUGAGCUGUAUGGCCGUGUGGACAGAUUGCUGCACCACCUGACCCUGCAGGGCAAUCAACGAGUACAGGCCCUAGAGUUGGUCCAGACAUUGGAGGCCCAGGAGGGCAGGCUGCACCAGAUUGAAGUGUGGCUACAACAGGUAGGCUGGCCAGCACUGGAGGAGCCAGCGGAACCCUCACUGGACAUGCUCCUACAGGCCCAAGGCCCUUUUCGGGAGCUGGACCAGGUUGCCCAGGAGCAGGUCAGACAAGGGGAGAAGUUUCUACAGCCACUGGCUGGCUGGGAGGCAGCUGACCUGGGCCCCCAAGGAGCACGCUUUCUGGACCUGCAAGCCCAGUUGACUGAAUUCUCUAGGGCUUUGGCCCAGCGGCGCCAGAGGCUGGCAGAUGCUGAGAGGCUGUUUCAGUUCUUCAAGCAGGCCUCAACAUGGGCUGAGGAGGGGCAGCGAGUCUUGGCAGAGCUGGAGCAGGAGCGCCCAGGGGCUGUGCUACAACGGCUGCAGCUGCACUGGACCAGGUACCCUGACUUGCCUCCUGCCCACUUCCGAAAGAUGUGGGCUCUGGCCACGGGGCUGGGCUCAGAGGGCAUCCGCCAGGAGUGCCGCUGGGCCUGGGCACAGUGUCAGGACACCUGGCUGGCCCUGGACCAGAAGCUGGAAGCUGCCCUGAAGCCACCACCGACGGGUAGCACAGCUAGCCUGUGUGUCAGCCGGGUCCCCAGUGUACCUGCUCCUCCUCCCCUGAGGAAGGCCUACAGCUUUGAUCGGAAUCUGGGAAAGAGUCUCAGCAAACCCACCCAUCACUGCCACCAUGCGGCCGUUGUCACUGCCUGCCACGGACCAGAGGCUACUGGAGAUGCCCAGCCCCAGCCAUCCCCUUCUGUGCCUCCACCAGGCAGCUCUGACCCCAAGAGUCCCAGCAGGCUACAGCUGGUCCUGGCAGAGAUGGUGACCACAGAGCGGGAGUAUGUUCGGGCCCUUAACUACACCAUAGACAACUAUUUCCCUGAGCUGGAUCGCCCUGAUGUGCCCCAGGGCCUCCGUGGCCAGUGCGCCCACCUCUUUGGCAACCUGGAGAAACUGCGUGACUUCCACUGCCAUUUCUUCCUCCGUGAGCUGGAGGCUUGCACCCGGCACCCACCCCGAGUGGCCUAUGCCUUCCUGCGCCAUAGGGUGCAGUUUGGAAUGUAUGCGCUCUAUAGCAAGAACAAACCUCGUUCCGAUGCCCUGAUGUCCAGCUAUGGUCAUGCUUUCUUCAAGGACAAGCAGCAAGCACUGGGGGACCACCUGGACUUGGCCUCCUACCUGCUUAAGCCCAUUCAACGCAUGAGCAAGUAUGCGCUGCUGCUGCAGGAGCUAGCACGGGCCUGCGGGAGUUCCGUGCAGGAGCUGAGUGCCCUACGUGCAGCUCAGAGCCUUGUGCGCUUCCAGCUGCGACAUGGCAACGACCUGUUAGCCAUGGAUGCCAUCCAGGGCUGUGACGUCAACCUCAAGGAACAGGGGCAGCUGGUACGACAGGAUGAGUUCAUGGUGCGCACUGGGCGUCGUAAGUCCCUACGCCGUGUUUUCCUCUUUGAGGAUUUGCUGCUUUUCAGCAAGCCCCGCCGUGGGCCUACAGGAGUUGACACAUUUGCCUACAAGCGCUCCUUCAAGAUGGCAGACCUUGGUCUCACUGAGUGCUGUGGAGAUAGCAAUCUGAGCUUUGAGAUCUGGUUCCGCCGUCGCAAGGCCAGGGACACCUUUGUGCUGCAGGCCUCCAGCUUGGCCACCAAGCAGGCCUGGACAGCUGACAUCUCCCGCCUGCUCUGGAGGCAGGCUGUCCAUAACAAGGAGGUCCGCAUGGCUGAGAUGGUAUCCAUGGGCAUGGGGAACAAGGCCUUUCAGGACAUUGUCCCCAGCGAGGAAGCUAUCAAUGACCGCACCAUCAACUACAUCCUAAAGUGCCGAGAAGUUCGCUCUCGGGCCUCCAUUGCUGUGGCUCCAUUUGACUGUGACAGUCCCUACCUGGGGGCCUCAAGCAGCACCCUUCCUGGAGACCCUGCCUCUUGCUCUGUUCUGGGGUCCCUCAACUUACACCUGUACAGAGACCCAGCUCUUCUGGAUCUCCGCUGGCCCUUGUAUCCCCCCAACUUUCCAGAGGAAGCAGAGCUGGAGGCAGAGGUGGAACUGGGCAGCCAGCCCUCUCUGACUCCUGAGGAUUCAGAGGUCCUGUCCCAGUGCCCAUCAGCCAGUGGCUCCAGUGGCUCUGACAGUAGCUGUGUGUCAGGGCAGGCCCUGGGCAGGGGCUUUGAGGACUUGUCCUAUGUCUGAGCCCAGGCUCGAAGACAAGCAGUGCAUCCAUCAUCUUGUAGCUCCAAGGAAUAUCACCUCUCUGGAUCUGCUGUGACCAGAGCAUGGCUGGCACCUGGGCUAUCUCUAACUUACAUGUACAGCCUUGUUGACGACCCUUUCUGAUAUCUGUGACCAUUGGACAAAAUGGAAUGCGGCUCACCCAGGGAACUCUAGCUGCAGAGCCCAAAGGAACAUCCCGAUUCCAGGCUUCUGGCCCCAUGUCUGCUUCUGUUCCCUCUCCAGCUCCCACCCCAGUUGUGGGUUAAGAAUAAUCUAGGUAGAAGUGGGCAUUUCUAUGCUCUAGGCUGGUGGGGGGCCAUAUGGUCCUGGGAAGUGACUACACUGUCCACACCUCCAUGAGGAACACAACUGGGCUCCCAGCAGCUGCUCUUCAUUCCCUAGACAUAAAGCUGAGAUCCUUAGAUACAGGAGCUGGUUUGUUCCUGUUGCGCCCUUACCUUGCCUGUCUUGGCCCAGCCUCCUUUUCCCUGGGGAAAUUUGGUUAUUUUGAUUUGAUGCCUUUUGAAUAGCUUUCAAUAGAGUUGUCUAAAAUUAUCUUACUGGUUGUAAGGCUUUUGUCAUCUCAGAAAAGGAGUCUAGGCCUUUGAUUCGUGAUUUACUCUUUUAUUUGUUUAUAAUAAAAAUAGACUUAUAUGUACCCUUAGGUGGACACA